AUGAGCCCAGAGGUCUCAUGGCUAGGAGACCAAUCGCCUAUUCAACGGGGCGCAAGAACCCCAAUCCGCUCAUCCUCAUCUGAAACCCCCGAACCUAGCACUCCUACGCUCGUAAACCCUGCCUCAGCUCUCCUGCAGGAUCUACUAAAAGAAGAACGCGCGCACCGAAGCUCCCGAGGAACCAUAUCAGAGGACUUUAAAGAAAAUACUCCUCUCACUCCGGAGAACACUCGAACCCAGGAAGAACCUACCUCCGAGAAAGCCCGCAAAGCAAACGAUGUCUUCUCCGCUGGCCAGAGAAAACCAAAAGAGAUGGGCAUGCGGGAAAUGGACCAAUAUGUCUCGAAAAUGAACAAGCUGAAUUUCGAUUUGAAGCUCGAGGUCUUCCAUCGCACGCAACAGUUGGCUAUGUACGAAAAAAAGCUGGAAAGGAUGGCGGAGAUGGAAGAACAACUAGCGCACAUGGACGAUUUGAUGGCAGAGGUGGAGGAGCUGCGAACCACCGAGAAAGAGAACCAGACCCUACGUGAAUCGAACGAGCAACUCCGCAACGAUCUUGACAAGCGAGACCUGGCUGUGACUGAAGCCGUCGAGCUCAUCUGCCAGUUGGAAUCGAAACUUGACCUGCUGGAGAACGGCCGGGGCUCCAGGCUGUCUAUGUCGCGCCCUAUGACCGCUGAUGGCUCUGAGGCCUUAGCGAAAGCCCAGGCCAUGAUUGAGAUCCCGGAGAGAACCUCUUCCAAGCGAAAUGCAAGUGUCUUGAGCGUAGCUCAGCACCAAUCAUCUUCUGAGCUACGCAGACUCUCCAAAGCACCCUCCUUCCUACGAGCAGAUAACAAAAGUACUGCCACUUUGCGAAGCCUUUAUGCUCCUGAAGAAGAAACCCAGUCACGCUCUGCAAGGACUGAACUUUCGAAAUCCGAGAGCUUCCACACAAACAACGAGAUGAUGGAGCCGGAAUCACCCAGACUGAGCGUCCUGAGUGAAUGCAGUGAGCUGAAUGCAUUCGACACGCCUAUGAUGUGGCAAGAAUUUGAUCAGUUGGAGAUCCCUGUCCGGAGACCGUCAUCGGUCGCAGGCAGCUUGGAUAGCUAUGUCUCCCCCGAGAACGGGAAGAAAGCAGAAAAGACAAGAUUGACCGGUGGAUGCAGUCCCGCGAAGACUUUCUCACCAGACCUAUACGCUUCCAAGCCGCGUGGACGUGGACGACUGGACGGAUCUCUUUUCGGCGGCAUCCACCUUCCUCCCACCCCCGACACUAUGAGUACGGCAUAUGCUAUCGGUGCAAACCGAUCGAAUGGGUCGGAUGGGAGCAUUGCAGCCCGGAAGGGCUCCCAGACUGAGGAUUUGUUCUUCCCUGGCAGACGACUCAAUCGCCCACGUUCUGCCGGAGAGAUGGCCUGUCCCUACAGCUAUGGCAGUGACAUUGACGACAGCAUGCAAAACAACUGCAACGAUACUCCGCGCCUAGGAGUCGCUGAUGAGUCUCGAACUAUCCUGCCCUCCUUCAACACAGUUUCCUCCAAAGCCAGCGCGCUUCUUGGGCCCGGAAGCCCCGACAACCCUGUUAUUGAAACCUUCGGAGAUUUAUACCACGCAAGUGCAAACGAAGGAUCAACCCAAACAAUCAAACGCGUCCGUAGCCCCACCAAAGCUAAGACCCCAGAGCCGCACAGUGACCGCGACUCUUCGCCGCCACUCACACCCCAAGACUGGGUUGCCGCUGCAAAGCAUCCCCGGUCUCGCAGGCCCAGACCGCGCGACACCCGCCACGAAAUCCAACCCACAGACCUAUCACCAGGCACUGUCAUCAGUCCAGCAUUCGAAGACGACAGCAGCCUCGCUUCGGGCCCAAGCGAGCUCGAAAUUACCGGUAUCCCAACUCUAGAUAUGAGCACUCUGGAUAUACUAGCGCGAGGCCUCGAACCCACCCAGCCAGGCCCCAAAGUCGAAGCCAAACACGAGCAUCGUCGCCGUCUCAGCUUCCUACCCCCAUUCUUCAACCGCUCGAGCUCUAACGCCCGCCAACUCCAAGGCUCCCCAGUCCUAAACGACUUCGAAGACGACUUCGACGACGGCGCUCCAUCCCCAGUAAUCCCCAAAACAAGGACAACGGCAGGCGCCACCCGAAGACCCGCGUCGCAAAUAAUAACCGCUCCAACCGAGCUAUACCCCUCCAACCCCCCAAUCCACAUCGAAGAACCACCCGCGGCCUUCAGACGCGGAUUCCCGCAAUCAGCAACAAUGUCCACACUAGCGGACCACGGCUCCGAAACACUCGCGCGCCCCUCCUCAUCUCAAGGCCCGGAACACAAGCGACGCAGCUCACUAGGAAUAUUCGGCUGGAUGAAGAGCAAACGCUCUGAUUCCGGGCCCGGGACGGAGAAAUCCACCGACUCCACGUCCAAAGAGAACCGCGCUCCCUCGCGGCUAGCUUACGAAACGACUCAUGGGCUUGGAAUCCCGCAUGGAAACACGGAUUCCAUGGAGACUCAUGUCAGACACCACUCCGAGAUGGGUAUUCAGUAUGAUGACUAUGCGAGACGGCCUCGGUAUAUGGGCCGUCGUACGCGCAGGGGCUGA